AUGGCCAAAGCCGAAUCCGACCUCAGAUCCAUCCUCAAUGGCGGUUUCAAUCCUCAGAAGUUCCCCUGGUACGAGCCAGAAUUGACCGAGGUACCUGAGCCAGCAAAGACUCUACUCGAAAAGUACAGCAAGAUACCCCCUGGGCAGGAGGUGGAUCAUGUGAAGAAAGUGAGAGAUCGAGCAUUCGCUGUGUUCCCAUACCCUUGUAUUGGGUCAUUCCGAUUUUUAGAUUUGAGUAUCCCACAGUCACCGCUGUACCCUGAAAUCCUAGAUCGACUCAAGUCCGGCCAAAAGCUACUCGAUGUCGGAUGUGCAGUGGGGCAAGAACUGCGUCAACUGGUCUUUGACGGUGUUCCUUCUGAAAACCUCUAUGCCUCAGAUUUGCGCCAAGAUUUCUAUGACAUUGGGUACGACCUUUUCAACGACCUUGAUCAUCUCAAAGCCCAAUUCAUUGUAGCGGAUAUAUUCGAUGACAACUCCGAUCUGGUGAAGAAUCUAAGUGAUAAGAUUGAUAUUGUUAAUGCGGCUUCUUUCUUCCACCUUUUCAACUGGAGCCAGCAGCUCCUUGUUGCGAAGCGGCUCGUCGGUUUACUUCGGGAUAAACCCGGUUCUCUCCUAAUCGGGCGACAAAUUGGUUUAGUAAACCCGCCUCCCCCAGAAGAUGAGGAGGCUGCCGGUAAGCACUAUCGUCAUGAUCCUGCUACGUGGAAGAAGUUCUGGGAGCAGGUUGGUGCUGAAACGGGGACGAAAUGGGAGGUGGAAACUAGGAUAGAGGAGUGGGCUGGGGCAGAUAAGAUGAUGAAGGAUUACCAUGAGGGGAUGGACACUUUCAAGCUGAGGUUUAGCGUUCGAAGGCUGUGA